AUGGCUAAGAUCACCACUUUCUUACUGCUUACGUGCGCUUUUGGAUAUUCGAUAUGCUCGGAAUCUACAUCCGCCGCCUCGGAAAAAUCAGAACCAUCCAAAGAACACAAGGACAAUAAAGAUGCAGACGUGGCAGAUAGACGAAUUCUUUAUUCGCAAGAUAUUUCUGGACUCCCGCAGAGACCACGGCUGUUGCAAAACGCGUUGCCAGUAGAAUGCGUUGUGUGCACCGAUUGUCCAAAUGUUAACGAUGACACUCCAUCAAAGCUAUGCCCUUACAGUCUCGAUCCAAGUAAAAGGGGAAAAUGUGUGACGUACGCGGAACAAUAUAAACAUAUGCAAAGACCCUGGUACAUCCGAGGCUGUGCAUCUGAACGAGGCUCCUGUGACGACAUAAAAAGGGCUCACGAAAGCUUCGGUGACAUGGUCACCCUUCUCUCUUGCAAUGAGUGUGAGGGAGAUAGAUGUAACCGAAACGGAGCAGCCACAUUUGCGGACUAUACUAUAGCGUUUAUCACGCUUAUAGUAACCCCAUUUAUUUCUAAGGCUACUUUAUCCUAA